AUGAAUAUAUUUUCAAGAUCAGCUUCACCAAAACCAAAUAAUACUCUAGAGGAUGAAUUAGCAAGAGAAUCUGAUGUUACUGUAUCAAAUAUAAAACCGCUGUCAAAAGCAGAAUAUAAAGGAUUUUCUGUUUAUGUUUUAAGUUCAAUUGUUUUAUUAAUUUAUAUAUUUUGGAGUUUAUUACCAGAUGAGUUAUUACAUAAAUUAUCAAUUGACUAUUAUCCUGAUAAAUAUUGGGCUAUUGUUAUACCAAGUUAUUCAUUAAUGUUGAUGGUUUUUAUAUACAUUUUUUUGGCUUUAUAUAAUACUGAAAUUUUAACAUUACCAUUGAAUAAUUUGAAUACAAUUUUAGAUGAAAAUUCACAAUUUCCAGGUGAAAUAAAGACUAGUGAUAGAGAUGAAUUAAUGAACUACUCAAUUGAUUAUAUACAUAACGCACCAAGUGGUGUUUGGGAUUUACCAAUAAGUUUAGUAAAUGAAGUACUAUACAAUCAAGAAGAAAAUGGAGAGUGA